AUGCACGCGAUUGUUACUGACGCAUAUGGUAAAGUUCGCGUAAUUAAUGUAUGGGAGAAUAAAGUUAUUUGCACUAUUGGCGGCAGUGAUGAUGAAAUUUCAGACAAAAACUGGAGAAUUGGAGGACUUUACAUGAUUAAUCCAGAUGAAGCAGCAGUCAUUCACGAUUCAGGUAAAGCAUCAUUCUUCGAAUUCCAAAAUAACACAAGAAAAUCUAUUUUAGACAUCGGAGAACAAGCAAAAUCAUUUUCAUUACAUGGAUAUCAAGACAAACUCGUUGGAUGCUUCAACGGAUAUGUUGCAGUAUUCAAUGAAGAGAAAGUUAUUACUAAAUUUGAUACAAUCAAAGCAUCAUGCGCUAAUUCUUUCGAAAAUCUUGCAGCUUACGGCAGAAUUAAUGACAGAUGCGUUGUUUACGAUGUUGAGCAACAGAAAGACAUCUGGACAUCAGCCCCACCACCAAAUGAUGAGCUAGGAAUUCCAUUAAAAGAUGAUGAUUCUUCUAUUGAGUUUUACAAUGAUAAAAUGUUCCUUGUUGGCCAAGCACAAGGUGGAGUUCUUGUUUAUGACCUUCGUGCUGGCAGUGAACCCAUUGUUCGCGCUAAAGUUUUCGAAGAGUUCCCGGCAAUUGUUAUGAGGAACUUUGGCGAUAAUAUAUUUGCUUUUGGAGACACAUCCGGCCAAUUCCGCUAUGGACAUGUUGAAUACGACGAAGAAAAAGAUAAAAUUACAAAUGUUAAAGUUGACAGAUCAUUCUACGGCAUGACUGGUGGUAUUGUUGACCUUGCCAAGCAUCCUAGCGCUCCAAUUGUUGCUUCAUUAUGCUGCUCUCGAACAAUUCAUUUAUUUGAUACAUCAAAGACACUUAAAGAAGCUGCAAAGGUUGCAUAUACAAAGGUUAUGCCAACAUGCUUCGUUUUACGCAAUGAUGAGCUUCCAAAUGAAGAUUCAAGUGAAGCAGAUUGGGAUGCACUUCCAGAAAAUGGCGAAGGCAUUUGGGAUAACUAUACUCCAUGCCCACAGUCAAAGAAAAAUAAAGAAUAG